AAAAUCGCGAGAAGUCGUUUAAGAAGAGUGGAAACUUUGUUAAUUCGGCAUUCAACAUGACUCAAGGGAUUUCACUUUUUGUGAGAAUACUCUGUUUCAUUUACUAAGACAGGCCAAACGAGGAUAACAGUGUGCUUUAAUCUUGUCCCUGAGGCAGAUUGAAGCUGAUAGCCUUUAUGCAAAUUCUGGAUAUAUUGUAUACCUGUUGGCAUUUGGGGAUAGGCGUCGUACCAUGUGCUCCACUUCCUUCUCGUAUCUGAUGAUGUUGUCAUGGUUAACACAUAAGACCCUCCGUUUCCCGCCUUCAACUGUCAGCCAACAGUGGUAGAUAUGGUUAGAACAAUGGGGCUCUACUUCACCAACAAUAGAAGUAUACAAGGAUAUCCAGAGUUUAUUAAAGGCUUGAAAUUACCUCUUUGGGAUUUCCUAUGCUUACUGGCUAUUAUUUCUGUUGUCUUUGCAUCUUAUCUUGGGCCGAGAGUCUAUUGGAAACAGCCUCCCGAACUUCACAAGGUAGGGGUAAGGUUUGCGUACGCUCUAUCCUCCCUAGACCCAACCUUGGUGGGAAUAUACUAGGUAUGUCGUUGUUGUUGGGAUUUCCGAUGCACUGCAAGUUGUGCCAUUGAUGAAUAUUACUCCGCUUCUUCAAUUGAAUGAGCUGUAAUUGGUACCCUUAUGAGUAGUCAUAUGAAUAACCUCAUUAACCAGUGGUUGGCAAGGAACAAGGAAAGAACUCAGGUGUGCAAAGUCCAACAUAUGUUUUACUCUACAAAGAGCGCAAGUAACAAGAGGUCAUGCUAUACUCAAGUAUUAUUCAAAAUGAUAAGUUAAAUGGCCACUGGACUACAGAAAAUAAAUGAACAAAGUUGUUUUUUCUUUUGUAUCAAAAGAGCCGCGUCUUUUUUUGCUAUUUCACUUAAAAGGUCACUCAAACCGAAAAGUGAUAUAUCUGGCCACUUUUUAAUGAUCUGAUUUUUAAAGAAGAAAAUAGACAACAUUAAACUCAACUCAUUUAAAAAAAACCUUGAAUUUUUAACAUGUGUCUCACUCAAUUGAAAUUAGUUGUAUGAGGCUCUUUCUCGUGACAUAAAAAAAGUGAACCUCGAAUUUGUGGACUCAAAAGUGUAAGAUGUGGGUUCACUUUUUUGUCUCACAAAAAAGAGUCUCACACGGCUAAUGUCCGUCGUGUGAGCACAUAAUAAAACUUUUCAAAACCUCCUAUCCAAGCUAAUAUCCGACCUGAAAUAUGUAUGUUUGAAGUUUGCUUGCUUACACAAGUAAUAUGCCAAACUUCAAAUAAAUUUUUACUUCGGACAUGAAUUUUUUUCAACUUCAAAUCACAUAUAUCUGAAUUCUGAAAUUAAUUCUAAAGUGACUAAACAUACAAAAAAAAUUAUAAACUUUGAUCGUAAGCUUAAAUGAAUCCCAAAAUGGGCUAUCUAAGCACUUGCCCCGAUUUAGAGAGUAAGUACUGUUGAAGGCCCAGCCACACUCAACCCUCUGAAAGCUCAAAGACUCCUCAGUUUUGCUGAAAUUUCACACGUUGCAACAAAAGUCGCUAAUUUCCCGAUCAACAAACAUGACUCAAGAUGGAGAAAGAGCUGUUGUUGAAGGGGAUAGAGAAGAUAGAAUCAGUUACCUACCAAGAAACGUCCUAGAUCGUAUUCUUGAGCUCAUACCACUUCAAGAUGCAGCAAGAACUAGUAUUUUGUCCAAACACUGGAGAUAUAUUUGGGCCACACUUCCAAAUUUGGUGCUGGAUUACCACUUAUGUCGUACAUUAAUAUUAGAAUCCGAAUCCAACUUCAAAGAAGCAGUAGAUGAUAUUCUGUUACUGCAUAUGGGGGACAUAAUGAAGUUUGUUCUUGACGCUAGUGGAGCACGUUUGUCUUCAUAUACAGCUACUGAUAGAUGGUUGCUUUAUGUAACCAGAAAUGGUGUCAAGAAACUAAAUCUUCAAGUUUCAAAUUUCGAUACCUAUACACUGCCUUCUUCUAUUUUUAAUUGUUCAACACUGACAAAGUUGACACUCUUCAAAUGUGUCUUCAAACCACCGAAUUCCUUUCUUGGUUUUCAGAAUCUUAUCACCCUUUAUCUGCAGUGGACAACCUUUUUGCCAACCACAACCACAACAUUUUGUGUUAUUAAGGCUCCCCGUCUUGCAAAAUUGACCUUGAACUCGUGUCAUGGUACUCAGUACCUAAACAUUGUUUCGCCAGGGUUGAAGUCCUUGUAUGUUCGAGACAAUCACUACUAUCUCUUCCUAAAUUGUUUCAUCAAUUGCAAGAAUUUGAGAGUGUUUGAACUUGAACUUGAUGACAUGUUUAAUAAUCCAAAACAUGAUGAAAAAUCAACUCCGGAGAAGCUUCUUGUUAACUUGCCUGCACUUGAGGUACUCCAUUUGGAUUCUUUCUUUGUUGAGCUUUUGAGUGCACAAGUUCCGAAUGGGCUUUCUUUUACACUCAACUGCUUGUGGCAUCUAUCAUUAGGCGUAGACUUCGGCAAAAUGGGUCAGAUAUUUUAUGCUCUACAGUUGAUUAAGAGUUCCCCCAACUUGAGUAAACUUGACAUUUGGGUCGAGUUUACAAGCAACAAUGCCGAAGCAGUUUCGAAAAAUCUGAACACACUAGCCUGCUUGGAACGACCUCUCGACAAGCUCAAGUAUGUGGACAUAAAUGGUUUUGAGAGUUCAGUAGCUUAAAUGCUUUUUGUAAAGUUAUUGCUUUCUCGCACUCCAUCUCUGCUAAGUAUGUGCAUUGAUCAGUAUACAGACAUAGACAUUGAUAUUGCCUUAGAAUUGAAGCGUUUUCACAGAGCCUCUCCCAGGGCAAAGCUAUUCUAUUGAUGCAUUAUCUUUACUCAAUGAGAUUUGAUGAAUUCACAAAUUUUGUAAAAAGUGGCAUUCUCUAAUUAAUAUGUUCUUCACUUGA